GGCGUGCCCCGUGCGCAGGCGUGGCUGGCGGCGGCGAUGGGCGGGCGGGUGACCCGCGUGUUCCGGAAUUUCAACGUGGAGAACCGGGCCCGCCGCGAGAUCAGCAAGGAGAAGCCCACGCCCGCGCCGCGGCACCGCACCGCCCGGCUGGACGCCAUGGCCGAUAGCCCAGAGAUAAAAGAAGAAGUUCUCAGAAAGGACGAUAGGCUCCUCACCUUGCUCAAAGAUGUUUAUGUCGAGUCCAGAGAUCCACCGGUGCAGGUAAAAGAUGGAGGUGGUGAACAUCUUCCAAGUAAACAGGAGGAAAAGAGACUUACAAAAUUAGGCCACUUGGAAGGUCUAGAUGUUAAGAAAGUUCCCAAAGGCAAAAUUUCCCUUGUGGAGGCUCUGACACUUCUUAAUAAUCAUAAACUUCAACCUCAAAUAUGGACUGCGGAGAAAAUAGCAGCAGAAUAUAGUCUGGAACUGAAGGAGGUCAACUCUCUUCUGGAAUUCUUCAUUCCUUUUGCUGUGCAGGAAUUUCCUAAAGAAACCAAAAAAGCCAUACCAAGCCAUAAACAAAAAAAGUUAACAUAAAAAUAUUUGCCAAAACCUUUUGUGAUCUCACUCGUGUCUUCAUUUUACUCUCAAGUAUAUUCCAUGUCUGGAAAUUCUUGAUAGCAUGUCAUCCAGCAAGGCUACUUCUUAUGCCAAUGAGAUGUAUUCAAGCAAUUCCAUUCUACAUUGGAUGGCUUCAGUGAAAUGCAGCAACUAGUUUGUAAAACAGACUGUGACUAAUUUGUGGUAUGACAGCAUGUCACACAGUUGUGAUUACCCCAUUCAAAUGUUAGGAGUUCAGUUAAAGCAUUUUACCUUAAAAGAUUGCCUUUCUCAGCAGAGACUUCCUGGCCUGCAGAUAAAGAGAUGCUCUGUGGGUGUUGGCUCUGUAAUUUCAUGUUGCACUGUUCUUUCAAGGACUUGUUGUCAAGGUGUGUGUAUAUAACAAACAACUGUAUUUCUUUGUAUAAGAAUGGAAUGGUAUUUAUACUUUGUAAAGAAUGUUAACCACAAGGGCAUUUGGAAAAUUCAGCUGUGUCAAACAAAAUAAAAAUGUGAAGCAAGAA